UUCCAGUAUCAUUUUGUGAUGUGAUGUGGAAUGUUGGAUAAAAGUUAAUAUUUGGGAGAUUUAUAUUAUCACGGGCAUAAUACUUGUCCACUACAGUGCUAGUGACAAGAUAUUGGAGCUUUGUGUUAUUGGUUCUACCGGGAAAACUUGCUCAGCAAUCAAAACCUUAUUACAUGACAUAGCCUAUAAGUUUAUAGAAUUUAUUAAAUUACUGAUAAAACGUGACGAAGAUUUUAAACUACGAUGGAAAAUGAAGGAAAUAAUGUUAUACGAGUUGGGUCGAGGAAAAGUGAGUUGGCUUUAAUUCAGACCAAUCAUGUCAUAGACACUCUGAAAAAAGUGUAUCCAGAUAAGGAAUUUAAAAUUGUGACCAUGACAACAUUGGGUGAUCGUAUACUAAACGUAUCGCUGCCCAAGAUUGGAGAGAAGUCAUUAUUCACCAAGGACUUGGAGGAUGCCCUCAGAAACAACACGGUAGACUUUGUGGUUCAUUCACUGAAGGAUUUACCCACAUCACUGCCAGAUGGCCUGGUCAUUGGAGCAGUAUUUGAAAGAGAAGAUCCGCGCGACGCUCUAGUGCUACGGGACAGUGUAAAGGACCACUCGCUCUCUACGCUUCCCGCCGGCUCAGUAAUAGGCACAUCGUCUCUCCGCCGCACGGCGCAACUUCGCGGCUCCCACCCUCACUUGUCAGUGGUGGACGUCCGAGGCAACCUGAACACAAGGUUGAACAAGCUGGACGCUGCCGAUGGCAAGUACUCGGCGUUGCUGCUGGCCCACGCUGGAUUGCAGAGGAUGGGGUGGGCUCAUAGGGUGUCUAAGGUGCUGCCAUGUUCAGAGAUGAUGUACGCAGUGGGCCAGGGGGCGCUGGCGGUGGAAUGCUCCACAGACAACAAAGACGUGUUGUCUAUGCUCGCUCCCUUCAACCACCCAGAGACAUACUGCCGGGUGUUAGCUGAGAGGAGCUUUUUGAAGACUUUAGGUGGCGGUUGCAGCGCCCCAGUAGGCGUGUCAACAAGACUGAAGCCUCUCGACGCAGAAUUCAAACUGUCCAUAUCCGGCGCCGUCUGGAGUCUCGAUGGAGCCACGCGAAUCGACCACACCCUCCACCACACGUUUCCACAGAUCACUAAGACCGCUAAACACAAACUCAGCCCUGUAGAUGACAACACUAGCAAAAGAAUCAAGACCGAACAAAGUAACCCAAUCGAAGAACUCAACAAAAGAAUCGACACCCAAAAUGCCAACUGUGAAGACACAAGGACUAUGGAAGAAAUACAAGCGCUAAAAGACAAAAUAUUCUGUGGUUUAUCCGAGAAUGUGAACAUACCCAUCGAAGUGAUAGAAAAAUGUGAUAACUUAGGCAUAGAGUUAGCCAAUUCUCUAAUCUCAAAAGGUGCUUUAGAAGUAAUGAAAGUGACUCAAGACUACAUUAGAUGCUCCGUUGCAAAUAAAUCAUGAUCCUAUAUUAUAUUUAGAUUUAGUUUUACAGUUAUUAAUUUGUUAAACUUAACAGAAUCGUUGCGUACAAUUUGGUACAGAUUUUUAUAUUUUAUUUUAAAUUAUAAUUAGUUGUCUAUGGGAUAUGUAAGCAAUUAUGUUAGUACUUAUGAUGUUAUUGAUCAGGUUUUUCUUGUUGAAUAAUAUGGUGGAUGUUACGAGGAA